AUCGUUUGGGUGUUGCGAAGAAGCACACCACAGACAGAACCCUCCCUCCCCGGCCCCGCCGCCGCCAUAUUGCGGAGCACAGCGCCCUGCCCGCCGUGCAGCACCGCCAGGGCGCGACCACCGCCGCUGCCGGGGGGGUUCUUUGGACCACAGCGGGCGGCGGAACGCCCUUGUACCCUCUUCGUCCCGCUGAAAUUCAUCCUCUCCUUACUGAAUGGGAUAAAGCAUGCAGCCUCCCUCUAGGGGAUUUUCUUCUCCAGAACGGUUGCGUCUGGUGGCGGCGGGUCUCAUCGUCUCCCCCCGGAGAGGAGGGAGUAGUGCGGCCCGCUUGGGCUGCCUGUUGCCGAGCAACCGUGGCGGCCCGCCGCGGCGCUGAGUCACAGAAGGAAGAAGAAGGGUCGGUUGUACCCUGGCCUCGGUGGCUUUGGGGUUACUUUUGCCAUUGCCUCCGAUGGGCCCAGGAUUUCACAGCCACAGAGAUCUUCUGGUGCUGAUGAAUUUUAGUACCCUUCAGAUUCCAUUUGUGUCCUAACAUGGACGUGAUUGAAUCAGCCUCCACAGAAAACACAAUUGCUGAGAAACCCUUCAAGAAGAUACCCAGUGUCCUUCUGGACAGCCUAGUGGAGGAACCUAAAAGAAGACGUGCUGUCCCCAAUCACUUGCUGGAAUCAAAGGUUUAUUCAGAACGUCAGAAGAGCAAUGUUGUACAGGCUGAGCCUGCUGUGCUACACUACGGAGGGUAUGAAGUUGGAAAACAUCACCAACAGACGCUGAAGCUGAUAAAUAUUUCUGGUGAUGUAAUAAACCUUCACAUCAUACCACCACAGACAAAAUACUUUCAGAUCAAAUACAACAAAACUCAUCGGCUUGUCCCUGGCUUGUCAUACGUUGUUACUGUUGAUUUCUGUCCUGAUGAGUGGCGCUAUUACUAUGACUGCAUCCGAAUUCACUGUCAGGGAGAAGAUACAUUACUUGUUCCUGUGCAUGCUUACCCUGCUAUGAAUGUUGUGGAAUUUCCAUCAUUUAUAAAUAUGUCUGAUGUAUCAGUUGGUCAGAGUAAGGAGUAUGUCAUCCCACUGCAGUGCAGCUGCCCAAUAGAUUUUGAAUUCCACAUUAAUUUUAUUCAGUCUCACAGAGCCUUCACUGUCCAGCCAACAUCUGGAAUCAUUCCAGGCAAUGGGAAAGUGGAAUUAAUUGUGAAAUAUUCCCCACUCGAGUAUGGAACAGCACAAAUGAAAAUGCAGUUGUGGAUUUCACAGUUCCACUCAAAGCCCUAUGUAUGUGUAUUCACAGGAACAUCAACACCCAAUCUGGGUCUAAUAAAUGAACAAUUUGAAAAACAACAAAAUCGUCCACAGAGAAAAGCAGUGUCUGCAGGAAAGUCAGUGCUGUGGAGAAGACUCCAGUUCAGCCAGCCACAAUCCCGGCCUAUUCAAAAGGAAAUUGAAUACCAGAACCUCAGAUUCCCCACAGAUUUGUCAAAUCCAUAUGCUGUAGCCACUGUUUUGAAUCAGGAACCAGGCAAACUGAAGAUUAAGAACUUGAAAGAAGUCCUUUGCCAAGGUGAUGAAGGGAUAAAAACAAGACAGAUGAAGGAAGCCAUAUUUGAAGUGAAAGUCAAACAAAAUAUUCAGGAAGAGGAAGCAAGUCAUCUAAAGCAAGUUCAUAAAGGCAAAGAUCCAGUCUCUGUGGAAUUUAAAAAAGAGGUUAUUGAAAACCGACAGAGGGAAGAAGAGCGGUACAAGAUUCAAAGAGGAGAUCCUAACAUAGAAAAGGAGUUUCAAAGGAACAAAGUAGAAAUUUCUUCCAGACGUGUUAUCCGGACUGUUGAGCAGCAUCCAAAUAUCCAUCCCACAUUCAACUUGCUCCGUAACGACCCUUGGGACAACAGAAGCAGGACAUUGAGGAAAUUCCAACAAGCAGCAUACAAGAUUGUGAUUCAGAGUCGACUAAAUCGUUUACUGCAUCUGUUCCGUGGGCUAACAAGAGAAGCCAAAGUAGUGGAGGAAGGCUCUGCGUCUGGAAACAGGUGUUUCAGCAAAACAGAGAAGAGUGAAGAAUAUAAGGGCUUUUCUUCCAGCAUAUCUGAAGAUCGUAUAUUGCCUUUUGAAUUCCCCUUUUACAGUUCCCUUGAAUUGUGCCGUGAUUUGGAACCUGAUGCUCUUGGCCUCGUUCCUAUCAAACCUGUAGAUGUGAAAAUCAGACACGUUCUUCCCUUUUAUGAAUUGAAGGUUCCUCAGCAUUUCAGGAUUAUGGGUUAUCAGCCAUUUUGUACGCACCAUGCAGCCACAAGUUACAAACCUCGAAAACUUUGCCGGCCGCUGAGGCAGGGAGCCCAGGAUGAGUUAGUUCAAGUAGUUCCUUCUCCUGAGGGACAGCUCCACCUGGUCUCCCACAGGAUGGAUUUUGGCAAACCAUCCCCAGAAGAAGUGGCAAAAAGAAAUGUCAGCCUCUUAAAACUGGCUCCUCCCCAAGCUUUAGUCUACCCUACAGAAAGCAACCCGCUUCGCAUUUUUAACCCCAUUCCAGGAUUAUUUCCAAUUUUACCUCCUUUAGCUUAUUCUGAAACAAAUAUUGAAUAUCAUCUCUGUCCUCUUCCAAAAUAUACCUUUACCAAGGAAUGCCCCAAAGGAUCCAGUAUUCCAGUCACACAAAAGAAAUUUCUGCAUCACAAGGAAGUGAUUUGUGGAGUGAUGGACUGGAGACGAUUCUUACCAGUGGUGUACUCCAUCUUUUCGAACACUCCCACGUUGGCAAGUACAACAUCUAGGGACCCUUACAGUUCAGAUAUGCUUCCAAGAGAUGUACCACCAAUACUGUAUGACUUACCUGAGAGAGACAGAGAGAACGUAAUUGACCAUGAGACAGAUCAAACUGAGUUCAAAGUGAUUCUUACUCCAGAGAUGUUGAGAGCUGAAUUUCCACAGGUUGGGCAGGUGUUCACAGAAGAAGGCAAAAUGAAAUCAGCAAAAGAAGAAAGUUGUACAGUGUUGGAUGGUACUUUUUCUAGAGACCCACACAACCAUCCAGAUGAGCGUUUUCAACCUCAAAACAACAGGCUCAGAGAGAAGGUUCAAAAACAUGUGGAGAAGAUGAAGAUGAAAGCGCUUAAUAAAAGCCUUAUUCUGGAAUAAGAAUAAUUUUUAUGAAGGUCAUGGUUUGGUACUGCUUAUCCUAUUAACGAAUGAGGCCUCCUGUGUCACAGCUAUGUAUCUACUGCAUGUUCAGUGAGGUCAGCUGCUUCUUAUGCAAAGAGAAGAGAGCCACCAGCAAUGUCACCUCUGUCAAGGACUCUGAGAGUGCCUGUUACCCCAAACACAGUCAUUGCUCCAAUGAGAAUCCUCAGCCAUGUGCCUGCUACCUUUGUGCUGAUCUGACAGAUCAGAAAACCCCAGUACUCCCUUGUAAAUAGUUUGGUAAUUAAUUGACAGUCCAUUGUUUUCAAAUAAAAAGUGAGAAGUCAUAAUGAC